AUGGCUGACGCUAUCACCUAUGCAGACCUGCGGUUCGUGAAGGCACCUCUGAAAAAGAUUGUCUCCAGCCAGUUAGGAGAGGACCCAGAGGCCUAUGAGGAUGGGGAACUCACCUAUGAAAAUGUCCAAGUGCCCUCAGUCCCAGGGGGGCCCUCCGGCUUGGCCUCCUCUGGGCUAGGGGACAAAUCAGGUUUUAAGUCAGAGCAGCUAACUGCGACCUGGAGCUCCGUGACGUCGCCGCCUGUUGGAAGGCUUCUCCCCUGUGGGUAUACUUGCCUGCGAUACCUCCUGUUCAGCUUGCUCCUCACCUGCCUGCUGUUAGGGGUGGCUGCCAUCUGCCUGGGAGCCCGCUAUCUGCAGGUAUCUCAGAAACUCCAGCAGGUGAGCAGUGUUCUGGAAGACACUAAUAGCAGCCUUCAGGAACAGCUUCACCUAAGGAUAACUCAGCUGGAGCAGAAGGAAGAGAAUCUGCAAGAGUCCAAGAGAAAGCUGGCCCAGAGUCAGGAAGUGCUACAGGUGGCGCAGGAAAAUCGCCAGGCUGCUGAGGGGAAGCUAAAGGACUGCCAGUUGGACAAGGAGAAGACCCAGGAGACUUUGCAAAGGGAGGAGGACCAGAGGAGGGCCUUGCAGGAGAGGCUACACAACAUACACAACAUGCAGGACACACUGAAACCCUUCUUUACAUGCUCUCCACAAGGCCAUUGCUGUCCAGUGGGAUGGACACUAAAGGAAAAUCGCUGCUUUUACUUCUCAUCUACUCGUCAGACUUGGGAGGAGAGCCAAAACUAUUGUAAAUCUCUAUCCUCCAACCUGGCCACAUUCAGUAGACGUGAUUACUCAGUAAGCAUACCCUUAUCCACAGAACGAAGGGGCAUUGUUAGAUGAAGGGAGGUAUGUCAUCAAAUCAGGAAUGGCAGUGCACACCUGGCAUACAUGCCAUGGCAUUACUUUUCCAUGGCAAAUACUGAUAAUCACAACACUCUCUGCCACUGAACUUGAAAACGGCCUGUGUCUUCUCAGUCCUGUGUUCCAGGUGGCUUCUACUAACUGAUUAGAGUUGUCAUGAGAGCUGAAACUUAUAAUCUCUACUUUGUGUCUCAUCUUGCUGGUCUGCCUAUGGGCUGCUUAACAGCUCUUUGACUUCGAGGUACCAGAUUUGGUGGGUUGGAUCAUAAUAACUGGUUCUUUGGGACCAGAACAGUCCACAUAGCAGCUCCCCUCCAAAGGACAGUGGAAAUUCCUAUCAAGCUGGGAGGUGAACUAAAGAGUGAGACUGCAUCUGCAGAGUGGCACUUGAAGGAUGCAGGAACAAGUCACUGAUGAGCUGUCAUGUACCAAAGAUGGGCACAUCUCCCUUUGCCAAAGUUUAUAGGCCUUUUCCUAGGGUUUGAUUUUCUCCUAUAUUUCUCAUCAUUAUCUACACAUCUCUGGUUUCUCUGAAUCUCAUAGAAUCAGUUCAGCGGAGAACCUAUAUUUUCACAUGAUGGUUUCAAUUCAUAUUGGAUUAGCUUAACCUCUAAUAAGGACCAAAAGAGGACUUCUGGUUUACAUAAUU